AUUGGCACUAUAGUAAAACACGCAGUCACGCACUCACACACUAGGAAGAGAGAGAGAGAGAGAGAGAGACAGAGAAAAGAACCGCAGACAGCCAUGGAGUCGCGAGAGCUGCAGAUUCGUACUUAAUUGCCGAGUUGCCCCCUCUGGUUCUUCCUUCUCUGUAAGUUCCCUCUCUCCCCAGCAUAAAAUAAAGGAAGAAUCUUUGUUGGUGGGUUUUAAUUUUUUUUUUUUAUAGCUUGUUUAAUUAUUAUACCGUGAUUAUGAAAGAGAGAGAGAAUUCUGACGAGUCAGAGAGAGGAGAGAAUAUUGUUGAUGUUUCAGAGGAUAAAGGUAAACGAAUUGAGAACGCAGGAAAUGGGUUUUUAUUAGAGAAAAGCGUUGAUUAUUUUGGAGAUUCGUCGGAAAAUAUUAUGAGGAAUUUUGAGGGUUUUGUUGCUGGUGGUGGUGGUGGUGCUUCCAGUGAGUCAAGGAGGACUGGGAAUUCUGGUUUUCAGGAGCUUACUUUUAGCUAUCUUUGUGAUAAUGCUAAAGAUGGAGCUUCAGGGAAAAAUCUAUUGAAUUCCUUUGAGAAAAAGGAUUCUGAUGGUGGCGCCUAUAAAGGGAAAGAAGUUUUGGUUUCUGAGGAUCAAAAUGAGGAAAAUAAUAGAUGGGUUGAGAGGGAUUUUCUAUGUUUGAAUGGGAAUAAAGUGAGUUCCUAUAAGAGGGAGGUUGAAGAAAAUUUGGAAAAUGAGGGAGGAAAAAGGGAAAAGAAGACAAGGAUGGAAACUUUAAAUCUGUCUUUAGCUCUGCCCGAUGUUUCUCUGUCAAUAGCUGGGUCAAAUCGAGUGCAGAAUGGAGACUCUAUGGCUCCAAACAUUGAGUUCCCAGCUCGGCUGAGUUCUAUAAGGAGCAUCCAGUCUGUUGAACCUACAAACAGUAAUCAACAGACUGCUUACUCGAAUGAUUUCACUGCAGCCUCGCUGUCGUACUCAUAUUCCCAUCCUUAUUCCCACAAUCCCAGUUGCUCGCUUACUCGUAAUUCUACAGAUUACUACGAAUAUUCAACAGGGAGCCAUAGGAGGGAUCGUGAUCAGAUUUGGAAUGCCGGGGAGGGAACUAAUGGGUCAGUGCAUAGUCGCUUUAGGCCUAUUGGGGACGGGACCGUGGCAUUAGCUAAUCCUAGUCCCGGUGGUGUUGUGCUAGGGAACAACAAGGAUACUAGUAACAACAGUUUUUACAAGGCCGCUAGUUCUGAAAACAUCUCAUUUUUCCCAUCUGAGCUUCCUGCAAGGCCCAGGUGGGAUGCUCAGUCAGGUGACUCAAGAGGAAAAGGGUCUGAGAAUCUAGGAGGUUUCGAGAAUCUUGAUGGGGGAAGGGCUCGGAAGCUAUCUAGGCCCGAGAGAUUACUUCGGGAGAUUGUCUCAGAGUCCAUUCCUGUCAUGUCUCAGCUAGUCCAGGAUCUCCCUGAGGAAACUGUUGAAUCUACAAAGGAGUACUUAAAGAACCUGAUUGCAAAACCUGAAAGGAAGGAUGAGCUAAUUAGCCUUCAAAAUAGGCUUGAUCGAAGAUCUGAUCUUACCACCGAAACUCUCUCAAAGGCUCACAAGAUUCAACUAGACAUUUUAGUUGCAAUUAAAAUGGGUCUUGGAGUCUACUUAUCAAGCAAGAUUUGCCUCCCUUCUGCUGAGCUGGUGGAUAUUUUCUUACUUGAACGGUGUAGGAAUAUAAAUUGCAAGAGGGUAUUACCUGUUGAUGACUGUGACUGUAAGAUUUGCUCGACGAAAAAGGGGUUCUGCAAUGAGUGCAUGUGUCCUGUAUGUCUUAAAUUUGACUGUGCUUCCAACACUUGUAGUUGGGUUGGCUGCGAUGCAUGCUCACAUUGGUGCCAUGCCACAUGUGGCAUUGAAAAAAAUCUGAUAAGGCCAGGUCCUACCUUGAAGGGUCCGUCAGGGGCCACUGAGAUGCAAUUUAACUGUCUCGGUUGUGGUCAUGCUUGUGAGAUGUUUGGGUUCGUCAAGGAUGUGUACAUUUCUUGCGCCAGGGACUGGGGUUUGGAAACACUUAUUAAGGAGCUUGAGUGCGUCAGGAAAAUAUUUCGUGGGAGUGAGGACAGGAAAGGGAAGGAGCUAUAUUUUAAAGCUGAUGAGAUACUUUCUAAGUUACAGAACAAGCUGAUGUCUCCCCAAGAUGCGUGCAAUUUCAUCUUCCAGUUUUUCAAUUACGUUGAUGCCUAUCCAGACUUCAGUACUUCCACCAUUCCUUCCAAAGAUGCACCUGUUCUCCCUAGUCUCAGAAACGAUGCUUGUGCUGUUCCACCAUCAAACUCUACAGCACUUAAAUCCUCAUUCUAUGGGAUGAGCUCUUCUAGCGGAAGAAAAGAUUUAUUGCCGGUUGAUCUUUACGAGUCCGAUGUAAGGACUCCUCCGAUGAAUGAAAAUAAGAUCGUUGAGGAUGAAUGGUCAGUGAAACCAGUGAAGAAAGAUGGUUUCGACAGCUUGGAGAGCAUUGUUGUGGUAAAAGAAGCAGAAGCCAGGAUGUUCCAAAACCGGGCGGAUGAAGCACGAAGAGAAGCAGAAGGCUUCCGGCGAAUGGUAAGGAUAAAGGUUGAGAAGCUGGAAGAAGAGUAUGCUGAAAAGAUAGCUAAACUAUGUUUACAGGAAACCGAGGAGAAACGAAAGAAAAAGUUGGAGGAGCUCAAAGCUUUAGAAAAUUCACAUGGUGAUUAUUACAAAAUGAAGAUGAGAAUGCAAGUUGAGAUUGCAGGAUUGUUGAAGAGAAUGGAGGCCACCAAACAACUCUGGGUCUCUUCUGUUCCAAUGUGAAGGGAUUUUUAUUUAUUUUUUUUCCUGUGUUUUAAAGUGACAACAUUAUUGUUUUGCAUCAAGCGAUGUUAACUUGAGCUUGUAAUUUUCCUAUACUCUUUAGGGUUCUUCUUUUUGUUCAUUUCCAACUGCAGGUUGACUAGUUAUUUCAAAUAUGGUAUUUGUGAAACUUUUUUUUAUACUUGUAUUUGUUAGUUUCAGAGCAGUGAAGUGUAUAAAAUCCAUUACAGAUGCCUUUGAGGGUUCAAGUAGCUUCUUAAAACAAUUAAAACUCGAUUUUCAAAACACAUCAAUAGGAAAAAUUUUGUCUUGUGGUGCAG